GACAGACAGACAGACAGAAAAACAGGUCGCCUUUGUAGGUAGAGAGUAUAGCAGAAAGUAUCUAAAAAUGCGUUUGAUGCUUGGAGAGGCAGAGGGGGUGUAGCCAGGUCACGUACAGUUUGUAUAGAGAACCGUUUACUGUCACUAAUUAGCCGUGGUGUAAGUGCUGUUACCGUUUAGUAGCAGCCAGACAGAAUUCUCAUUCAUAGUUAUAUCCCGUACAAUUGCCGUUUCUAGAGCCCGCUGAUUUUUGGAUUAACGAUUGGGUGAAACCAUUUCGACUUGGACGUUGCUGCCGUUGCGAGGAACAGGUGUAUCGAACUUGGCAUCUAUUCGACACGUGUCCAGUUUCAAAAAAUCGCGUUGAUUGGAUUAUUGAUCCCGUUGAAGCCAUUUCGACAGUCCCGUUGCGGAGAACAGGUGUAUCGAACCUGACAUCUAUAAUUUCGACGUGAAUCCCGGAACGUGCAAGUCACGUGCAAUACUUACCCGGAUAAUCCGUUCCCCGUAUAUGACGAAUGCCGACUCUCGUCAUUUCGACAGUCCCGCUGAACGUCGUCUGUUCGAAGACGUUGCUGGCGUUUCGGGGAAGAGGUGCAUCAAACACGGCAGCUCCGUAUCUAACGAAGUCACGACGCGUACCGACUGUCGUCAUUUCGACGGUCCCGCUGAACGUCGUCUCUUCGAAGACGUUGCUGGCGUUUCGGGGAACAGGUGCAUCAAACACGGCAGCUCUUCGACGGUCGCAGACUGGCAAACGACUGUGUGCGUAUAUUUUCGAGACCCGGAUAUCAGCAAAAAUAUCUUUCCUUUGCCGACGUCGCCGGCAAUAGACGACGCGCUCGGCGCGUACCGCCCGACGUCGGGAACGGGCAGUCUAAAUUCGGUGGAGACACGAUGCGCCGUUCCGGAGAUAUUCGCGCGCGAGCGGAAGCGAGCGCGAUCGGCGGGAAACGGCGUCGUCGUGGGAGAAGUCAGGAAGACGACGGCGGUCUGACUUUCGACCUGAAUGAAUUCGGCGUGCGCGAGCGAAAUUCGGCCGAGAUCGGACUCGCCGUCUUCGAGAGACGCUCGUACGUACGGGCACACAGACAGACAGACACACAGACACCUCUCCUUUAUAUAUA